AUGAGAGUUAGUGGGAAGAUACAAAUUAUUCGUAGAGAUGGUACUUGUGGAGAGCCAUGUAAUUGGCAUACUAGUCAAUGUACAAUUGGCAGCAGCGAAGCAAAAUGUGACAUACGAAUUGUACAUCCAUCUGUGGCCCCCAUACAUUGUGAGCUGCACUUGAUAGAAAAUGGUUACGUUCUGGCCGUCAGCAAAGUGAACGAAGAUUAUAUAAUGCUCGUGGACAAUUCCCCAUUAGAAGACUGGUGUAUAUUAUCCAACAAUUCAGUUCUGACUGUUGGAGAGCGUCAGAUACGAUUCAUGUACCCACCGGGAGUUAUAAUGAACACAAGUGUGUCUGAGAUUCUCAAGAAGACACUAAGCCGAAUUCUCAAAGGAGAAGAAAUUUCUACUUCUAUCUCUCUACCAUUUGUUUAUCAAUCCAAACGAACAGCCUCUGUAAAUCGACCAACUACACCUAUCACUCACUCACCCCGACCAAGAUCUGCUACUCCAAAAAGAACCCUAGGGACUAGUGAACGUUAUGGUCCCGUUCCUCCGCGUCAACCUGCUACCCCACCAAUAAUUCAAGUACUAAGACAUGAACCACCAACCUCAUCACAAUCCAAAAUCCAAUCAUCAUCGCCAACUCCACUGGAUAGAUUCACAAAGCAAAGUUCAAUGGAAAAAAGUAGAUUUGAUAACUUUAUAAAUACUGGAGCAUGUAAAUCACAGAAAAAAGAUCAUUCAAAGUUUUAUACUGCAUCUAAUUUUCCACCUUUAACAUCAUCCACUCCGGGUGGUAUGUGUUCACCAACGUAUCCGAGGUCUAAUCAAGGUAUUUACAGUCUAGUUUCAUCCACACCAUCUGCCAAUCAUCUCAAGUCUACAGUCAUGGAAAAAAACUUUUCACCUGGAUUAAAUAAAAGUUUGCACAAACAGCUUAUCGUGAAAAAAUCAUCUAACCUCUCAAAACUCGGGAGAACUGAUAACCCUGAUAAUGCCUCAGAUCAUAUAAAAAAUCAAUGUGAUACAAGCAAGAUAUCACUAUAUGAUGGUCAAAAAAAUCAAUCAUCUCUAAAUGAGUCAGAAACUUUUCAUGCCACCGAAAACCCUUCAGAAUGUCUUACCGAAUCAGUUAAUUCAACUUCGACUUCCUUAAGAUCCAUGAAAAGGAAGCUACCUCUAAAUACAUCGAAAAGUGUCAAUAUUCUUUCAGUUGCUACAGAUUUGGAGUCUGACUACCAUGGUAACAAGAAUGGACUUGUCAUUCAGGAUGAGAACUAUUCUGAUACAGGAGAACAAAUUGCCACGAAACGAAAAAGAGGUGUUUCGUUUGGACCACCGCUUAGCCCCGAGCAAUUCGACAAAUCCUUACCUCCUUCAACUCCGGUUAAGCGCGGAGAGACACCAAUAACCAAAGUUAAUCAUAUUACACCUGCAAACGCUACAUUCAGAACCAAUCCUGGUUUAUCUGUACGUCCAUUAACUCCGUUUCCUUCCAAAUCGAAAUCAACAAGGUCCCAGCUUUCCGUUUUUUCUGAAAACACAUUCAACUCCCCAUCUUAUUUUACAACUAGUAAUAGAAUUUCUGCUGUUAUCUCAUUGCCUCCUACACCUGACACUAAUCUGCUAGACUCUGUUGACACGAACCUUACAUGUUCUCCUGGAAGUAACAUUGAAAACCCUGUUGUAUCUGCAACAUAUUCUGCGCCAGUCAAAAAAUCGUCUGCCUAUCAAAAAGCAUUGAAAAGACGACGCUCCCUGAACUUCACUGGGUCGACAGACAAAAUCCCUUCACUACGUGCACCACCAACCACUCCCGUGUCUAUGGCAUUACUUUCAAGAUCUACGAGUAAAGCAAACAGUCACAUAUCAACCUUAGAAUAUGAAAGCCUCGUGUCGCCAUCACCUAGAUACCGCUCCCGUGAAAGCGAAAAUCCGUUGUUGCAAUCGCCAAACGACAUAAAGAAAGAUGUUAAAACUCAUAUGCUACCACCACAACAAGCCAGUAACACAACUACAAAGACAAAGAAGCCACGACAAUUCAUCCGACAUUCACUUCCAGUAUACAAUGUCCAAGAGACUAUCUCAAACACAACAACAAAACACGUAACAUUACCAACCAGAAAAACUCCAGGCAAUACCUCUUUCCAAAAAAAUCGACAAACCUCCGAAACCUCUUCGAAUCUUCAGGUUAACAGCACGAAAGACACAAGUAGCCGCCCAUCGUCCGUGCCACCUGCCGUGGUUCCUGAGGAUGAGAGUGCAACACCGAAGAAGAGAUUAUCGUCGGUAUCUCCAGCUGAUGUUGUUGGUCUGAGUGGUGUUAAGAAGUUGAUGAAGACUCCGAAGGCAGUGUAUACACCACGAGUAUCUGGUGUUGGUGAUUUGUUUGUUGAUGAGUCGAGCUCGAAGCGAGGUCGUGGUCGUCCAUCGUCCGUGCCACCUGCUGUGGUUCCUGAGGAUGAGAGUGCAACACCGAAGAAGAGAUUAUCGUCGGUAUCUCCAGCUGAUGUUGUUGGUCUGAGUGGUGUUAAGAAGUUGAUGAAGACUCCGAAGGCAGUGUAUACACCACGAGUAUCUGGUGUUGGUGAUUUGUUUGUUGAUGAGUCGAGCUCGAAGCGAGGUCGUGGUCGUCCACCGUCCGUGGCUCCUGCUGUGGUUCCUGAGGAUGAGAGUGCAACACCGAAGAAGAGAUCAUCGUCGGUAUCUCCAGCUGAUGUUGUUGGUCUGAGUGGUGUUAAGAAGUUGAUGAAGACUCCGAAGGCAGUGUAUACACCACGAGUAUCUGGUGUUGGUGAUUUGUUUGUUGAUGAGUCGAGCUCGAAGCGAGGUCGUGGUCGUCCACCGUCCGUGGCUCCUGCUGUGGUUCCUGAGGAUGAGAGUGCAACACCGAAGAAGAGAUUAUCGUCGGUAUCUCCAGCUGAUGUUGUUGGUCUGAGUGGUGUUAAGAAGUUGAUGAAGACUCCGAAGGCAGUGUAUACACCACGAGUAUCUGGUGUUGGUGAUUUGUUUGUUGAUGAGUCGAGCUCGAAGCGAGGUCGUGGUCGUCCAUCGUCCGUGCCACCUGCUGUGGUUCCUGAGGAUGAGAGUGCAACACCGAAGAAGAGAUUAUCGUCGGUAUCUCCAGCUGAUGUUGUUGGUCUGAGUGGUGUUAAGAAGUUGAUGAAGACUCCGAAGGCAGUGUAUACACCACGAGUAUCUGGUGUUGGUGAUUUGUUUGUUGAUGAGUCGAGCUCGAAGCGAGGUCGUGGUCGUCCACCGUCCGUGGCUCCUGCUGUGGUUCCUGAGGAUGAGAGUGCAACACCGAAGAAGAGAUUAUCGUCGGUAUCUCCAGCUGAUGUUGUUGGUCUGAGUGGUGUUAAGAAGUUGAUGAAGACUCCGAAGGCAGUGUAUACACCACGAGUAUCUGGUGUUGGUGAUUUGUUUGUUGAUGAGUCGAGCUCGAAGCGAGGUCGUGGUCGUCCACCGUCCGUGGCUCCUGCUGUGGUUCCUGAGGAUGAGAGUGCAACACCGAAGAAGAGAUUAUCGUCGGUAUCUCCAGCUGAUGUUGUUGGUCUGAGUGGUGUUAAGAAGUUGAUGAAGACUCCGAAGGCAGUGUAUACACCGCGAGUAUCUGGUGUUGGUGAUUUGUUUGUUGAUGAGUCGAGCUCGAAGCGAGGUCGUGGUCGUCCAUCGUCCGUGCCACCUGCUGUGGUUCCUGAGGAUGAGAGUGCAACACCGAAGAAGAGAUUAUCGUCGGUAUCUCCAGCUGAUGUUGUUGGUCUGAGUGGUGUUAAGAAGUUGAUGAAGACUCCGAAGGCAGUGUAUACACCACGAGUAUCUGGUGUUGGUGAUUUGUUUGUUGAUGAGUCGAGCUCGAAGCGAGGUCGUGGUCGUCCACCGUCCGUGGCUCCUGCUGUGGUUCCUGAGGAUGAGAGUGCAACACCGAAGAAGAGAUUAUCGUCGGUAUCUCCAGCUGAUGUUGUUGGUCUGAGUGGUGUUAAGAAGUUGAUGAAGACUCCGAAGGCAGUGUAUACACCGCGAGUAUCUGGUGUUGGUGAUUUGUUUGUUGAUGAGUCGAGCUCGAAGCGAGGUCGUGGUCGUCCACCGUCCGUGGCUCCUGCUGUGGUUCCUGAGGAUGAGAGUGCAACACCGAAGAAGAGAUUAUCGUCGGUAUCUCCAGCUGAUGUUGUUGGUCUGAGUGGUGUUAAGAAGUUGAUGAAGACUCCGAAGGCAGUGUAUACACCGCGAGUAUCUGGUGUUGGUGAUUUGUUUGUUGAUGAGUCGAGCUCGAAGCGAGGUCGUGGUCGUCCACCGUCCGUGGCUCCUGCUGUGGUUCCUGAGGAUGAGAGUGCAACACCGAAGAAGAGAUCAUCGUCGGUAUCUCCAGCUGAUGUUGUUGGUCUGAGUGGUGUUAAGAAGUUGAUGAAGACUCCGAAGGCAGUGUAUACACCGCGAGUAUCUGGUGUUGGUGAUUUGUUUGUUGAUGAGUCGAGCUCGAAGCGAGGUCGUGGUCGUCCAUCGUCCGUGCCACCUGCUGUGGUUCCUGAGGAUGAGAGUGCAACACCGAAGAAGAGAUUAUCGUCGGUAUCUCCAGCUGAUGUUGUUGGUCUGAGUGGUGUUAAGAAGUUGAUGAAGACUCCGAAGGCAGUGUAUACACCACGAGUAUCUGGUGUUGGUGAUUUGUUUGUUGAUGAGUCGAGCUCGAAGCGAGGUCGUGGUCGUCCACCGUCCGUGGCUCCUGCUGUGGUUCCUGAGGAUGAGAGUGCAACACCGAAGAAGAGAUCAUCGUCGGUAUCUCCAGCUGAUGUUGUUGGUCUGAGUGGUGUUAAGAAGUUGAUGAAGACUCCGAAGGCAGUGUAUACACCGCGAGUAUCUGGUGUUGGUGAUUUGUUUGUUGAUGAGUCGAGCUCGAAGCGAGGUCGUGGUCGUCCACCGUCCGUGGCUCCUGCUGUGGUUCCUGAGGAUGAGAGUGCAACACCGAAGAAGAGGUCAUCGUCGGUAUCUCCAGCUGAUGUUGUUGGUCUGAGUGGUGUUAAGAAGUUGAUGAAGACUCCGAAGGCAGUGUAUACACCACGAGUAUCUGGUGUUGGUGAUUUGUUUGUUGAUGAGUCGAGCUCGAAGCGAGGUCGUGGUCGUCCACCGUCCGUGGCUCCUGCUGUGGUUCCUGAGGAUGAGAGUGCAACACCGAAGAAGAGAUCAUCGUCGGUAUCUCCAGCUGAUGUUGUUGGUCUGAGUGGUGUUAAGAAGUUGAUGAAGACUCCGAAGGCAGUGUAUACACCACGAGUAUCUGGUGUUGGUGAUUUGUUUGUUGAUGAGUCGAGCUCGAAGCGAGGUCGUGGUCGUCCAUCGUCCGUGGCUCCUGCUGUGGUUCCUGAGGAUGAGAGUGCAACACCGAAGAAGAGAUCAUCGUCGGUAUCUCCAGCUGAUGUUGUUGGUCUGAGUGGUGUUAAGAAGUUGAUGAAGACUCCGAAGGCAGUGUAUACACCGCGAGUAUCUGGUGUUGGUGAUUUGUUUGUUGAUGAGUCGAGCUCGAAGCGAGGUCGUGGUCGUCCAUCGUCCGUGCCACCUGCUGUGGUUCCUGAGGAUGAGAGUGCAACACCGAAGAAGAGAUUAUCGUCGGUAUCUCCAGCUGAUGUUGUUGGUCUGAGUGGUGUUAAGAAGUUGAUGAAGACUCCGAAGGCAGUGUAUACACCACGAGUAUCUGGUGUUGGUGAUUUGUUUGUUGAUGAGUCGAGCUCGAAGCGAGGUCGUGGUCGUCCAUCGUCCGUGGCUCCUGCUGUGGUUCCUGAGGAUGAGAGUGCAACACCGAAGAAGUGUUUAGUGUCUCUGGUGAAGCUGAAAGUUGGAGUUUCAGCACGAGGGCCUACUCUACGGUCUGGUGAAGGUGUUGGCAGAUCUGUAGUGACAGGCGUGUUGGAUGGAAAAGUGAAGGCGAAUAGUGACGCGAUGGCGAAAGCUUUUGGAAGUAAGCGAAAAGCUCCUGGUAACAGUGCAUUUGCAGUGAUUAGUGGAAAGGAGACGCCUACUGAAACAACAGAGCCGCCAGCUAAACUUGUUAUGAGAGGGCGAAAAGCGGAGACUAACAGCGUGGUUUCAGUCAACGAAGGACAGGAGACACCCACUGAAACAACAGCGUCGCCAGCUAAACCUCUAAGGAGAAGGCGGAAAGUUGAGACUAACAGCGUGGUUUCGGUCAACAAAGGACAGAAGACACUCACUGAAAUUACUGAGUCUCCAGGUGAACGUGUUACGAGAAGGCGGAAUGUUGAGACUAACAGCGUGGUUUCAGUCAACAAAGGACAGAAGACACGGACUGAAAGAACUGAGUCUCCAGGUGAACGUGUUACGAGAAGGCGGAAAGUUGAGACUAACAGCGUGGUUUCAGUCAACAAAGGACAGAAGACACGGACUGAAAGAACUGAGUCUCCAGGUGAACGUGCUACGAGAAGGCGGAAUGUUGAGACUAACAGUGUGGUUUCAGUCAACGAAGGACAGAAGACACGGACUGAAAUAACUGAGGCAGUAGCUAAAGCUUCAACGAGAAAGCGAAAAGCGGAGACUCACAGUGCGGUUGCAGUGAUUAAAUUACAGAAGACACCCACUGAAACAUCUGAGUCGCCAGCUAAACCUCUAACGACAAGGCGGAAAGUUGAGACUAACAGCGUGGUUUCGGUCAACAAAGGACAGAAGACACGGACUGAAAGAACUGAGUCUCCAGGUGAACGUGUUACGAGAAGGCGGAAUGUUGAGACUAACAGCGUGGUUUCGGUCAACAAAGGACAGAAGACACGGACUGAAAGAACUGAGUCUCCAGGUGAACGUGUUACGAGAAGGCGGAAUGUUGAGACUAACAGUGUGGUUUCAGUCAACGAAGGACAGAAGACACGGACUGAAAGAACUGAGUCUCCAGGUGAACGUGUUACGAGAAGGCGGAAUGUUGAGACUAACAGUGUGGUUUCAGUCAACGAAGGACAGAAGACACGGACUGAAAGAACUGAGUCUCCAGGUGAACGUGUUACGAGAAGGCGGAAUGUUGAGACUAACAGCGUGGUUUCGGUCAACAAAGGACAGAAGACACGCACUGAAAGAACUGAGUCUCCAGGUGAACGUGCUACGAGAAGGCGGAAAGUUGAGACUAACAGCGUGGUUUCAGUCAACAAAGGACAGAAGACACCCAGUGAAAUAACUGAGUCAGCAGCUAAAGCUUCAACGAGAAAGCGAAAAGCGGAGACUAAUAGUGCAGUCGCAGUAAAUAAGAAACAGAAAAAGCUUCCUGAUACAGUCAAAUCUGCAAUUCCAGUCCGCAUAACUCGAUCAAGAUCAUGAUGUGAAUAUCUUCUAGAAACAGACGUUUAUUUGGGUUUAAUUUCUAUGUAUGUAUGUAUACUCUAGGGAAAAUUGCUAUUUAUAUUACGCGUUUUCUUGGCUUAUCAAAUAAUUCAGUGCUAUAAUAUAAUAACUACGGGUACAUUUUGUUCACCUUAACUAUCUAUCAAUUGUCAUCCAUUGUUUUAUAUAAUUCUGAUUACCAUGAUGUAGUUUAUUCAUUAUUAUUUUUCUUUAUUUUCUUAUUAUCUAUAUAUAUAUUGUUAGUAAUAUUGAUAUAUACAUGUAUAUAUUCCCAAUAUUUUAUUCAAUUUUUCAAAUGUAAUAUUCUUCUUGUUUUUGUUGCACAUGCAUACAUGUAUAUUAUAUUG